UAUCCAGGAGACCAUUGAGGAAACUAAUCCUAUUUCACAAUUGUCCCAGACCUCUGUCUGGUUAAAUGACUUACUCAGAGUUGCACAUUAGGUAAAUGGAGGCUUAGAGAAUCAAACCCUGGUCUACAGGAAGCAUCUUAUGUAUGUUCGAGUGAGGCCAUUUGUCAGAGAGUUCCUUGAACAGAUGUCUCAGAUCUUUGAGAUAAUUGUUUAUACUUCUGCUCUGGAAGUGUAUGCAGGCCAACUACUAGAUAUUUUGGACCCUGAAAAUAAGUUCAUUAGACACAGAGUUUUCCGCAAGCACUGUGACUACUAUCAUGGGUGCUACUUAAAAAAUUUAAAUGCCAUCAGAAGAAAGAUUUCAAAAACUGUUGUAAUGCAUAGUUCACCACUGGAUUCCUUCGCUAAUGAGGAUGAAGAUGUUGAGCAGUAUCUCUCAAACAGACUGCAUUCGCUUGAUUUGCUUCCCCCAGAAUGAAGUCUCCCAUCAGUCCUUCUCAAAUUAAAAUAAAUUUGGAAAAAAAAGCUUACGGAUCUGUGCAGUUAUAUGAAACCUGCAGUUGUUUAUUUCAGUAAAGAUGAAAAAGAGACAUAAAGUACAAAACAUUUUAUAAAUUCUAAAGUUAUUUUUGAAAUGAUUGAACAAAUUAGUUGAGUUAUCAAAACACGUGGACUUUUUCUUUUGAAUAUCCAGUCAGCAGGCACACGCACACAC